AUGUCGUUCCCGCCGUCGAUGCGCCGCACGCCGCCCUCCCACGCCUCCAACAUCUUCCUCUUCCUGCUCGCCUUUCGCCUCCUGAAUUCGCUCGCUAUCCGGACCUUUUUCCAGCCAGAUGAGUUCUUCCAGUCGCUCGAGCCCGCGUGGCAGAUCGCGUUCGGCAAGGACCAAGGGGCUUGGAUAACGUGGGAAUGGCGACACCAGCUACGAUCCUCGCUCCAUCCGCUUCUUUUCGCCGCCAUCUACAAGACCGCAGACCUGCUCGCGUCAGUCCUGGCGCUUGGCCCCGCACCGCACGCGGAACUCCUGAUUGUCGCGCCCAAGACAGCGCAGGCCGUAGUGUCGGCAAUCGGUGAUUUCUACACGUGGAAGCUGGCUCGGCGAGUGUACGGGACGGGUUCGCGUGAAGCUUGGACAACGCUGGCGGUCACCGUCCUCAAUCCAUGGCAAUGGUUCUGCUCAACUCGAACCCUGUCAAAUUGUCUUGAAACAACGAUCACGAUUGUCGCGUUGAAUUUGUGGCCGUGGCAGUGGUCGAGCACAGGGACCGAUGGUAGCCGUGAUAAUGGGAGGCAAAAGAGGGGCACGGACAAGGAUCGGAGUCUUCUUCGAAGUUUGCGCCAAUGCCUGUCAUUAGCUGCUCUCGCAUGUAUACUCCGUCCGACCAAUGUGUUGAUCUGGGCGCCUCUGGCCAGCGUCGCUUGGCUUCGGACCUCUUGGCUCCAACGAAAGAUUCUGGUUCGCGAAGUUGCUGCUUGCGGGUCGGCACUCUUGGUCGUAUCAACAUUGGUGGACCGUCUGUUUUACGGAAUCUGGACUUUUCCUCCAUUUCGGUUCCUCUACUUUAACAUUGCACAGUCUCUAGCAGUCUUCUAUGGCCGGAAUGACUGGCACUAUUAUAUCUCGCAAGGCUAUCCGCUCCUUCUCACCACAGCUCUGCCUUUUGCAAUUGUUGGGCUCUAUCGCGCCUUGAUCGCCCCGGCCGGUGACCUUCAGACGACAAUACGUGUUCAGCUGGCGGCAGUAUGUGUUCUGAUGCCGGCCGCUCUUUCUCUGAUCUCACACAAGGAAGUGCGGUUCAUCUACCCACUGCUGCCAUCGCUGCAUAUCCUGGCUGCGCCGCCACUGGUCCAAUUCUUUUCACCAGCCAUACGCUCACACUCCGCGCAAGCAUACACCCCCCAAAGGCUCACCCUUAUCUUCCUUGUGCUCGUGAAUCUCGUGAUUGCGGUGUACACGACUAUCUUCCAUAUGUCCGGACCUCUCGACGUCCUCUCAUACCUCCGUGGGCAGCACGAAGUUCAUUCCCAGCAAUUGAGUGGAAGAGAAACCACCGCAGAGUCUGGAAUCACCGCUGGUUUCUUGAUGCCUUGUCACAGCACUCCCUGGCGCUCGCACUUGGUACACCCAACUAUUCACGCUUGGGCAUUAUCAUGCGAACCCCCAAUCGACUUCAACGAGACCCAAAAGGCCGCCUAUCGAGACGAAGCAGAUCAGUUCUACGAUAACCCAGAUCAGUUCUUGCGCCAGAAUAUGGCGGGAGGCCUACGCCACCUUCCUCGGCGGCCAAGCUAUGCCCCCGGUUCUCGCUCUCUCGGCAGCUCUCAAUCGCAGCAUGAAUGGCCCGACUACCUCGUCUUCUUCGCCCAGCUCGAGUCUACGCUGCGUCCCCUCCUCCGUGGAUCCUCGUACGCCGAGUGUCGGCGUACCUGGAAUACACACUGGCACGAUGACUGGCGUCGCCAAGGUGACAUUGUAGUCUGGUGUCUCGACCCAGCCGAACAGGACGCCUGGCGCGCCGAGACCCAUCGCCGUGUGCAGGAAAGCCGCGAGCGUCAGUUCGAUCGUAUUGUCAAAGCAUUCGAAAAAGAAGCCCGACGUCAGCAAAAACGGGGCUGGAAGGCUCUUGUCUCGCCCUCUUCCUCAUCCACAUUAGCUUCGUGGAGACGUUCGGUACAGUCGCGCUUCUCUUCGCCCUCCACCAUUAGAUGGCCAUGGGGUAAACGAUCCCGCAGCUCUGCUUUCUGGAAGAAGUUCCCUUCCUUUUCACGGAGUACGGAUUGGUCUCCUUCUUGGCCUGAGUGGCUAGGCGGGAAAUCUAAGGAUAAGAAGAGUCCUUUUGAUCGGGAUCUGUGGUCAUAA